AUGAGGGACCAGAACGGAGCGCCGGAACCGCCCGCACUUCGCUCCAGCCGCUUUGCCCUUGCGCAGACUUGUCGACAACUUCGACAAGAGUACCUCACGAUCUGCUGGAAUGGCGCUCGCCUCGCUGUUCGCUGGAGGGAUGCACUUGCCUUCUUCAACACGUUCUAUACCCCCGAUGAACGCCACAUCAUCACCAACAUCCACCGAGCGCCGCAGCGUCUGACAGUCUUGGUCGGCGCCUUCCAUGUGGCUGGGCCAAUCCUCGAGAUCCUGCCAUUCGUUCAGAUGAGCUUGAUCACUCGGACUACGUGCUUCUUCGACAUCGACUACUCGAGCGUUACCACCACUCGCGACCGCGAUUUGGCCGAGGAAGACUGCAACACCAUGCACUCCUUCCUCGCCUGCCGGGUCAAGCAGUGGCGUCUCGACGUUACCUCCGGCAAACUCCGGUCCAUCAAGUGGAAGCGCAACUACUUGCCGGCUAGGCCGCGCGCACGCGUUUGGGUCCAGUUCAAGGAGCCCUUCGCUCCCCAGGAUUGGGCCGUGAUGGCCGGUCACUACUGCCCGAAGUAUCUUGCUAUGACCGUCUUCGCGCAUCUGAGCGAGGCCGAUAGGUUCGAUCUGCAGCAAACCUUCGGCUGCAAGUUCAGCGUGACGGUCUAG